GUUUAGCUCUUUACAUUUGAACCAAACCAUAGUUUGAAGAUUCUUUACUUGGAAGUAAGUAAUGUCGUUGCUCUCGGUUGAAAUCAUUGUAGUCAAUGUAAUGGCAGCUAAUGAGACGUGGUGUAUUCACAGCAUGGUUUGUUCCACUUGUAUAUGCAAACUACCAAAGCCCAGAAGUACAUAUGUUAACUCUUCACAUACAGAGCCAUAGAAGACUAAUUGAAAUGGUCUUUUUUCAGCAGCAAGUGAUUCAUCUUUUGUUAUUUAUAGCAAUCAAACAUACCACCGUCUUCAAAUAGUUUCUCUUGAAUCUAUUUCUUCAUUCCAAGAGUACAAUUAUUUAAUUUGGUUUGGAGUAACCGUUUUCUCUUGGUUUUCGUCAUGGAGAAGGCCGCAGGGCAAAUAGUGGGAGUCCAGCUGCUUGUGCAUCUGUCAACAUGCAGUGAUUCCAUCUGGUUUAUCAGUAACUUCUUAUUCUCUGUAGCAAAUAAAAACGGAGGGCGAUUGGCUGUUUGGAAACAGGUGGGGUGGCGUCAUAGCGUUUCUGAUGAUGGUGUGUUUGUCUCAGUGUGUGUGGGUUUUGUUGCAGGGAGUUGACCUGACAAGUGCAUUGAAAUGAAUCUGUUAUUCAACCAUAGAUGCAUCUCAUUUGUGCCGUUUGAUAAAUGUCAUUGAACUUUCUCCGCGCUGGAUGCUCUACGCCUCUCCCUCCCUCCAGCCCUGAUAAAUAGUUAUCCCCCCACCUUCUAGCUCCUGCUUCAGGCGGCUCCUCCGGGCAUGCUCCUUAAGCCAAAGUAUGGCCGCUUUCGCAACGAGUCUGUGACCUCCUCCUCCUCCUCCGACGACCUGAUGCAGAGCUUAGCCAUGAGCGGCAAAGUUGUGGCCACGCCGGUGGUCUCCUCCUCCGUCACGAGCCUCCCUCUGCCUCCGCUGCCUCCGCUGGACCACUCUGCCAGAUCGUCCUCCUCCGCCGGGGCUGCCGCCCUGCCCGACUCCCCCUGCCUGGAUGGGGAACAGGACGCCACCGCGACCUUCUGCAUGCUCAUCCCCAAGAUGCCCCAGUGGAAGUUCUCCAACUCCCUACUCAGCCGCAGCCCGUCCAACUCCAGCUCCAGCUCCGGCUCCAGCAAGGACUCGGGGAAGGCGGCUGCUCCCCAGACCUCCUCCUCGCACAGCUCCUCGUCACACAGGCACAGCGGCGCGGCCCCGGCCGGCGGCCCCGUGGCCAGCCUGGCGGCCGUGCUCACCUCGUGCGACCCCGGGUGUGUCACCCCGUGUUCCUUGCAGGCCAUGCGAGGGCAGCGGGUGGUCGCGGCGGUGAACUCGGCCAAUCAGGGGGGCCACGGAUUUGGGGCCACGGAGGCCGCGGCCGGCCCGGCGGGUUCCAGCGGCUCCAGGUCGGGGAUGAACCGCAGGACGAGGGUGGAAGGCAUGUGGCUCGGGGGAGAGGACUUCACCCAGAAGGGGGGAUUCAUCCACAAACCCUCCCAAGGCUGGCUGCACCCUGACAAGAAGAUAGCGGGACCAGGGGCCUCGUAUGUUGUCAGGUACAUGGGCUGCAUCGAAGUACUGAAGUCAAUGCGCUCCCUGGACUUCAACACGCGGACUCAGGUGACCAGGGAAGCCAUCAACCGGCUGUGUGACAUUGUGCCAGGCGGAAAGGGGGCGUGGAGGAAGAAGGCCCAAAACAAAGCUCUCCAGUCCGUGAUGGGGAAGAGUAACCUGCGAUUUGCUGGCAUGAGUAUUGCAGUCAAUAUUUCCAUAGACGGCCUCAGUCUGCUUAUCCCGACCACGCGACAGGUGAUAGCGCACCACCCCAUGCAGUCCAUCUCAUUCGCCUCUGGAGGAGACACAGACACGCCUGAUUAUGUUGCGUACGUGGCCAAAGAUCCAGUGAAUCAGAGAGCGUGUCACAUCCUGGAGUGCUCGGAUGGGUUGGCUCAAGGAGUCAUCAGCACCAUCGGCCAGGCCUUCGAGCUGCAGUUCAAACAGUACCUGCACAGUCCUCCCAAAACCAUGGCGUCCGCGGAGAGGUGUGCCAGGACGGAGGAGGCGAUGUGGGCGGAGGACGAGGACUUCUCUCAACACGAUUACUACAACAGCAUCCCGGGGAAGGAGCCCCCCGUCGGGGGGUUGGUGGACUCCAGGCUCAGGCCGUCCGGAGCCCUGCUGGGUCACAUCCACACGCAACCACAGAGCAAGACGGCAGCGCAGACGGGCUCCCCGGGGAGGAGGGAGCAGGCAUCUUACCCCCCCGGUCAGCUGUGCUACGAACUGCACUGGGACACUGAGACCACGGGCAGCUCAGGUCUGACAUCGGACGGUUACCUGUGUGCUGACGGCCAGCCGCCAGGCAGCAGAGACUACGAGGAACAUCAGUACGUCAACACCCAAAGUCUGGAAAACCUGGAUGUACUGGCGCAGGGCCCCAACGGACACAGAGGGUCUCGGGCCCCUGAAAGUCCAAAAAAGGACCUCUUUGACAUGAGGCCCUUCGAGGACGCCCUAAAGCUCCACGAGGCCUGCGGCGGACCUGCUGCGGGGGCAGGUGUCCGUGUCCUGGAGGACCAGUGGCCCAGCCCUCCUCGCCGGCGGGCCCCCGUGGCCCCGAACGAGGAUCAGCUCCGAAGGGAGACGUGGUACCACAGCCGCAUGAGCAGGCGGGACGCCGAGAAGCUCCUGGUCCGAGACGGAGACUUCCUGGUCCGGGAGAGCACCACCAACCCGGGGCAGUAUGUGCUAACCGGCAUGCACUGCGGGCUGCCCAAACACCUGCUGCUGGUGGACCCCGAGGGAGUGGUCCGAACCAAAGACAUGUUGUUCGAGAGCAUAAGCCACCUCAUCGCAUACCACCUGAAGAACGAGCUGCCUAUCGUGGCAGCAGAGAGUGAGCUCCACCUGAAACAGGUGGUCCGGAGGAAACAGUGAGCCCCUCCCUCCCCCCCGCGUGCCCUUGGUUUGGAAGCUGAAUUCUCGGCUUCCAAUGCAAACAGAAAAUAUGAACCAAUGUGGAAACGAUUUAUUCCUGAUGGAUAUCCACCAACAAUUCCACCACGCAGACUGAGGCAUCCGAAAACCUCGUUGUACUUUCUCUGCCUUUUUUUGAACUACCAGGAACCACCGAAGUAGCCCUGCCAUCAACUCCUCAGCACGCAGCUGUUCAGGACUCCAGGAAGAGUUCGACUCAUUUCAGAAAGGAAUUGUCAACCGAUGUCCAUGAAUGUUUGCAGGGGAACUAACGGGACAUCAAACAGUCCACCAACGUAAAAGUGAAGCGCCUCCCGUGACCCUCGGCUUGGAAUCGCGAGCGGUCACUCAGUCACGGGUCAUUCGCAGGACAAAUAAUGGUCAUUGCCAGAACAAAAACUCGACAAAACUCUGAGCAAAGAACAAAACAAAUCUGGCACAGACCACUUGUCAAAAGAAGCUCAAGAUGUCAGGUCACUCAUGUCAGGUUUAUUUCUGUAAAUGCAAGACAUGAAAAUACUGUGAGACAAAGACAUCUGUUCCCCUGGGAUGUAAAGACGGUUUAUUGUUACAUGUUCUGCAGCACCUGACUCUGAGUCACUGAGAUGGCACAAAGAACACUGAGCACGAGUCAGUGCUGGAUUUAAGAGUCACACAUACGUCUGGCCCUUUGCUUCUCCGUGAUAAUCCAUUCACCAAAUCCCAGUUAAAAUAACAAGUACUGAUACUAUCUUCAUAUAAUACCUUGUCUUGAAAUGCGUCAUCACGUCUACCAUAAAUAUCAGUAGCUUGUGUUUGUACGGGCUGUUUAUAAUUAGUUGAAGCUGUGCUUGUGGUGUAAGCCCGUGGACACUAUUUAAAACUCUGCAUACAAGCUCAGUAUAUCCACACCAGUAUUCCCACAGCCUCUCCAACUUCAGUGCCUUAUUAAGUACAGAGACGGGCCUUCGUGUCAGAGUGUAUAUAAUGUGCAUUUAUGCUCAUAAUGCAAAACACUAGUUUUCUUGCCAUGCCAAUGAAUGGACUGGGCAGACUUCAGGAGGAUCGAGCUCUUGUAGUGAACAGUCGAGUAAGCUGCUCUUGUUUUGGCCCGAAUGUUUAAUACCGUCUUGCCGUGUCACGGCUGCUGUGUGUGCUCCUCCACAGUGAUUGAUACAGAAGAAAGGGGACUUAGACAUGAAAUUAAAUACUUUAUUUGUCAGGGAAAUGCACCAUUUUGUCAAUUGUCCAAGCCUGUGCAUCUGUGUGUUUACUAGUGAACCUUGCUCGUGUGUUCCUGCUGCCUGGCUGCAGUGACAGCACGCCUUGCCAGUCUAAUACCGAAAAAUCCUACCAGAGGCAGAUCAGCUACGGUUUUCAUUUCUCUUGGUCAUUAGCAACAUAUCUUUAACCAGGCCCUUCACAGCCUCACUGGGGCUACGAGGCUUUUGGUGAGGUCCAAGUGAUCAGUGGGAUUAUUUUUAGAUCUCCCCUUUUGCUUUCUCAGGAAUUUGUUGGAUCUGUUCUUUGAUUAAUGGCCUUUUGUCAAUAAAACUAAUUGUAAAUAGGG